AUGGGGUUUAUUUCCUCACUAUUGUGCUGUUCAUCAUCGUCGUCUUCCUCAAGUAAGCCCGGGGAGAAACGAAGCACAAAACAGCGACCAUUGUCACCGCAGCAGUCGAAAAUUCACGCCACGCUGUCGAACUCGGCGCGCCAGUUGCAGGUGCGGCCGGAGAGCACGCGGGCCGGUUCUACACGUCCCGGAGCAAUAACAGCGGGGGCAGGGAGAAACACACCAGAAAGCGCUGCCGCAGCAGGGCCUGCGGUGUCAGAUAUGGGCUCCAAGGCACCUGUAGUGGGCUUGGGCAAUGCCCACAAGGACGAGGAUCUUGACGAGGUUGAAACGCAAAACAAGGAGGACAAGCAGAUGGUUUCGGUGUACAACGGUGAGACGGAGUCCAGCACAGGUACUGCAGACGAACACAAUGUAGUGACAGCAGUGCUGCCGCUGCUGCCGGCUGGGCAGAAGACAGCGGUGGGCGAAGAAACAGCUGUGAUGGUGACCAACGAAGCUGAUCAGGCUAGUAGUGCUGACGACACUGGUGGAGAGCUUCUACCAGCACCUUCCUACGAAUACGAUCCUGAACAAGACGGCUCGCAAGAAAUUGUCGAUCUUACGAUGCUUCAACCGGAACAAGCGCAUGCCCCCGGGUUCACUACCCUGUUGCCUCCUCGCACACCUCAGUUUGCAGGCAAAAAAUGUCUAGUUCUUGACUUGGAUGAGACUCUUGUACAUUCGUCGUUCAAAUUUUUGAGGACGGCAGACUUUGUGAUUCCUGUCGACAUUGAUAACCAGGUUCACAAUGUCUAUGUGAUUAAGAGACCUGGUGUGGACGACUUUUUGAAGCUUGUAGGGCAAAUCUAUGAGGUCGUCGUUUUCACUGCGAGUGUAUCGCGGUAUGGAGACCCUUUGUUAGACGUACUGGAUCAGAAUCAUUGCAUACAUCAUCGUCUUUUCAGAGAUUCAUGCUACAAUUACGACGGAAACUAUAUCAAGAACUUAUCUCAAAUCGGAAGGCCUUUGAGUGACUUGAUCAUUCUCGAUAAUUCUCCAGCAUCUUACAUUUUUCAUCCACAACAUGCAAUUCCUAUAUCAUCUUGGUUCUCUGAUAUACACGAUAAUGAACUGCUAGAUAUCAUGCCGUUACUAGAGGAUUUGGCACAAGAAAAUGUUCAAGAUGUUGGUAAGAUUUUGGAUGUUACAAUAUGA